UCUUUACAAAUCAAAUUUUCACCCUCCUUUCCCUUUAUAUAAAGGUAUACCAACACUUUCCUUUAACUUAUUAGCUUCCAUUACCACUGCUCUCUCUCUCACUACCUCCCACUACCCUCAAUCACAUGCACUCUGCCUACAUGAUGAUGUAAAUUCUGGUUUUCUUUAGUCUUCUUUUCUGCCCUCAGUUCAAGGCUAUGUAGCUAAAUUUGCCGCAAACACCAUUCUGUAGAGCAGACUGGAUGAUGAGAAUAUGCUAGCUGAUUCUGACUCAACAUCAGCACCCUUAGCUGAGAUACAGAAUUUUACGUUAUUUGUUAGUUCAUGGAAUGUUGGAGGCAUUGCACCACCAAACGACUUGAACAUGGAGGACUUGCUUGAUACUCGAAACAACUUGGCUGAUAUUUAUGUUCUCGGGUUUCAAGAAAUUGUACCUCUGAAUGCUGGAAGUGUUAUAGUGCCAGAGAAUACAACUAUAUGCAUGCAAUGGAAUUCUCUUAUUAGCACAGCUCUUAACAAGAUAGAUGUCAACAACAUAACCCUUCAGGAGGCAGAGGAAGAAGAAAGUGUAAGAGUUUACCCACUAAAGGAAGGGAGUUCCUUGAAGUUCAAUGUAGAAAAUUCAACACAAUUUGAAUGCAUAAUUAGCAAGCAAAUGGUGGGAAUAUUUAUUACAGUAUGGGCACGGUCUCCACUCCUUCCCUAUAUCAGUCAUACAAGUGUCUCCUGUGUAGGCUGUGGUAUUUUUGGCUACCUUGGAAACAAGGGUUCAGUGUCGGUUAGAUUUUGGUUGCAUGAAACAAGCUUCUGCUUUGUGUGUAGUCAUUUGGCUUCUGGAGGAAAAGAAGGAGAUGAGAGACAGAGAAAUGCAGAUGCCUCUCAAAUACUAUCACGCACAAGAUUUUCUUGCGACUCAUUUCAGUAUUUGCCAAGAAAAAUUCUACAGCACGAUAGGGUGAUUUGGCUAGGCGACCUGAAUUAUAGGAUUUACUUACCUGAAGCCACAACAAGAUCAUUAGUCAAUGACGGGCAGUGGAGCAUCUUACUACAAAAUGAUCAGCUGAAGGCCGAGCUAAGAGAAGGUUGUAUUUUCAACGGCUGGCAAGAGGAAGAUAUCGAGUUUGCACCAACAUACAAAUAUUAUCCAGAUUCUGAUGAUUAUUAUGGCUGCAGUCAGAAUGGGAAAAGAGGAAAGAGUCGAGCCCCAGCUUGGUGUGAUCGGAUAAUAUGGUUUGGAAAGGGACUGAAGCAAAGCCAGUAUAAUAGAGGUGAGUUCAGAUUGUCAGACCACAGACCAGUACGGGCAAUUUUCAAGGCAGAGGUCAAGGUUCCAUCACCAUUAUAUUAGAUGACUUAGAAAGCCUUGUUGAACAGUUUUUACCACUUGUGGGUAAGUUCUAAACUUCUAGUAAUGGCAAUAGUGAUUGUUCAACAACAACAUACUCAGUGCAAUUCUACAAAUGGGGUCAGGAGAGGGUAGAGCGUGUGCAGACAUUACCCCUAGAGAGAUUGUUUCUGAUAGACCCUCAGCUCAAGAAGAAGCAUAUCAAAGCAGUUCGGGAAUAGUGAUUAUUGUGUAUGGUAAAUACACUACAACAUCAGAAGUAUUCAAACAAAACCACCAGCUAGCAGAACACAAUAACUGGAUAAAGGAACAGUGAAAAAAGAAAUUAAGAGCCUAGAAUUGGAUCCAAAAUGAUGAGGAAAACUUGUACACUUACUAACAUUUCGUGUUAUAGGUUUGUCUUUUGUUGCAAGAGUAAGGGCAGCAAGGGGAUGAUGAAUUACUGGCUGAUUCAUUUCUACCUUUUUAUUUUUUUGCAAAUAAGAGAAAAAAAGAAAAGGGUUGUGGGAAGGUGAGGCAAGCAUUAUUUGUUGAAUAACCUUUUAGGAAACAUGAAUUUCAUAUUGAUCCAGAAAGGGAAUAUAAGGUUAUAUUCAAAAUACAUGUGGCAACAGAUACU